AAUCUUUGUGGUGUCAACGAAAGGACUCUAAUAUCUAAGGCCAACUACAAAAAAGUGUCUCCUAGGAAGCUUCCUACCUCACUUCCUCCUCAGCUCGCUUUCCCUUUUUUCCAUUUGCUUUGGUAAAUUUGGUUGGAUACCUGUGCCUCCUCAAAAAUCCCAUCUUUAAAAAGGCCAAAAGACCCACCAAAGCUCUCUAUCCGUUUUCACUCUCACCCUUUGUUUCACUCAUCACUUAGCACUUCAAGUUGCAGUUGCAGUGGACUGGCUGUUAUUUUUCAACAAUUUCUAUUCAAUGGAGCAUGAUCAUUGUGAGUCAUCAAGAACUACUCGGAAGAGAAAGUUUCAAGAAGAAGAUGGUAUCUUGAGCUUCUCCAUGGACAAUCUCAAUCAAGACCUUCUUGAAAGGGUCCUCUCAUGGCUUCCAACAUCCACAUUUUUCCGCCUUAAUUCAGUGUGCAAGAGAUGGAAAUCGGUUGCAGCUUCUGUGAGUUUCAGGCUUGCCUGCUCUCAAGUUCCUUCUCGGGAUCCAUGGUUUUUCAUGGUUGAUCCCCAUCUCAAUCAAUCAAUUGUCUUUGACUCUGCUGAGAGAAGUUGGAAGAAACUUGAUCAUCCACCUCUCCUCCAGAAAGACUCUAACCAAAAUUCCAUGCCUGUCGCAGCUUCUGGUGGCUUGAUCUGUUUCCGCAAUUUAACAGGCAACUUUAUUAUAUGCAAUCUCGUGACAGGAUCCUGCAGAGAACUCCCUCCAUUGGAUGCAGCCCAACGAAAUCAAACUAUUCAUGCUAUUGUGAUGAAUACAUCUUCUGAAUACAGUGGGUCCUACAAGCUUGUGUUAGUCUAUGGUGAACUUCCAAAGCUCUCAUGUAUAGUCUAUGACUCAAGCAUUGGUUGUUGGGAGUGGGAGGCUGCAUUAAGUAGGAAGGUUGAAAAUUCUCUAGAAUUUGAUUCUGAUGAUGACAAUGCUGUGUAUUUUCUUAGUAAGGCUGGAAAUUUAGUGGCAACCAACAUGCAGAGAAGCCCAUCUAAGCAAUACUCGUCGGUUAUUACUAGUAAAGAUGGUGAGGAGAUUUUAUAUUUCCUUAGCUCCUCAGGGAAGGUUGUCACUUGCAAUCUGGCCCACAAGUGCUUCUCGGAGUACCCCAGGUUAUUGCCUGUAUAUUCUGAGUACUCCAUUGAUAUCGUGGAAUGUGGAGGUGAAAUGCUGGUUGUUUUGUUGUCAGAAUUCCUUGAAAGUGCAAGCCUUAGGGUGUGGAGGUAUGAUGAGGAUAUUCGGUCUUGGCACCAGAUCGCAGCAAUGCCUCCAGCAAUGUCACAUGAGUGGUUUGGCAAGAAGGUGGAUAUAAACUGUGUUGGAACAGGUCACCGAAUAUUGGUCUGCUUAAACUCUGGCGAACUCUUUAGCUAUGUUCUUUGUGAUGUGGUGACCAAUGAAUGGGUUGAAUUGCCCAAAUGUUGUGUGAAUGGUAAAGCCUUAGAAUUCAUGUCUGCCUUUUCAUUUGAGCCCAGGAUUGAGGCUACCGUAUGAGAGCAGAAUGUUUGGUGUGGGAGAGUUGAAUUGAGGAUUGAAGAGUGCCAUCUUUUAAUUUCCUUUUUUCCUUUUUAUCUUAUUUCUUUUUCUGUUUCAUAUUCUUUUAGCAUUUUGUAUUUAUUUAUUUAUUUUAACUUAUUGGAAUUGUUUAACCAAACCAGCCAAUGGAAAUCAUCCAGAUUUGUAGAUGACA